AUGUACAUGUACUUCCGCAGGGUCGAAGUAGAAAUCAAUGCGCUACAAAAAGCGUUUCCAUUGGAGGUGACGAUUCUUCCGCACCCCCUUACACAAACAAAUUUCAUUACAUUAGUUGGAACCCUUCCUAUUAAGUACUUAGAAAACAACUAUAACAUCCCUAUGAUGGUCAUGUUUCCUUAUGACUAUCCUAUUAAACCCCCUUUUUUCUUAACUGACCCCUCCCCAGAAAUGAUGAUAGUCCCACAACACCCUUAUGCUAUGCCAGAUAGAACUAUUACACAUCCACUCUUAGCAACUUGGAAUGAAAACUCGACGAGUUUAGAUAUCAUGGCGUGCUUACAACGAGACUUCUCCAACUUACCUCCCUUAAAAAAAAGAAAAGAAAAUUUGCUCGAUAUCCAACAACAACUCCAACAAGAAAUCCAACAACUCAAGCAAAACCCUGGUGCUGUUCCGUUUCGAUCAAAUGAUACUUUUAACACUUUUGCCCCUUUCAACCAAUUCAAUCAAUACACCCCUUAUAGACAAUUCCCUCAAUACCCACAAGGACUGCCUCAAAUGAUGCCUCCUCUCCCGCAAUAUCAACAAUACCCACCUUAUCAACCUCAAAUGCAACAACAAUAUAACGACUACUUCAAUCCGUUUAAAAGACCAGAAACAUUUAACACGGGAUUCAAUCCCUUCGAUAAACAAACUGUGCAACAGAAAAGUCCAAUGGCUUAUAAGAAGGGAUCGAUUCAUCAAGAAUUUUCGGGAGACUCUGGAAUGGUCCCACCUCCACAAAGAUCACCAAUCGACAUCAAAGAACAAAACGGAAAUGACUUGCCUUCCGCUUUCAUCUCAGCUCAAGCUAAGAUGGAGGAACAAAAUGUCGCAAACCCCGCUAAUUUGGCGGAGUUGAACAAACUCCUGAUUGAAGGAAAAAUAUCAACAGAGACGUUUAAGAGGCUUUACAUCGAAUAUCAGAGGAGAAACCACUUGCAGAAGUGA